UGCCGUUUGACAACCGCUUGUGCAGUGAAAUCAAAUGCGGCGCGUGCGGUACAGUCGGUUGCUCAUAAAGUUUUAAUUAUAUUAUUUUUUUUUUAAACAAUUCGCGAUAAAGCAUGAACGAUGAUUGCAACACAAGUAUCAAAGAAACGUUUCAGGAACCGCGGAAAAGGUUUUGGCUGAGAUCAAGAAAACGACCAAAGAGCGACGCAAUGAGCAUCAGCUCAAUGGACAUAUCCAUGGAAUCUGAUAUAGGAAAGAAGAAAAAGCGCCGCAGGAUUACAGAGGUUGCUAGCAGUAUUUUUUCCUCUUCCAUAGUAGGAAGUAAACUGGGAAACACUCUGCACAGAUCUUUCACGACCCAACCAAACUCAUCGGAUUUAUCAAUUAUUGAAGAUGAAGUAGAAACUGGAACAUUACGUAGAAAAUUGAAUAAUGUUGCUGAGAGUUGCAACAAUUUAACAAUCAGGAGUUGGAUGUUGGAUGUUGCACAGUUACAUGGUAAAGAGCGCUUAAACAGUAUAUUAAGUCGAAGUGAAAUUAAAAGACAGGAAGCUAUUUAUGAAUUAUACUGUGGUGAAAAUGUCCUACUAAAUGAGCUCUAUGUGCUAAAAAAUUUUUAUUAUGAACCAAUGUUGUCUACUGAAAUUUUUACAUCUGAAGAGUUAUAUACCCUUUUUGGUGAUCUUACAAAUCUUAUUGAAAUACACAGUAACUUAAGGGAUGAGUUACUUGAACUCAGAGAUAAAUCUGGAUUUACAAAAACUAUCGGUCCAACAUUAUUGAAUUGGUUGUCUACGUUGAAAAAACCGUAUCUGGAAAGAUGCAGAACAUUAGUUUGGGCGAGAUAUUUACUGGAUGAGAAGAAAUAUAGUAAUAAAAGAUUCCAAUCAUUUCUGAAAAAACGAUUAGAGUUACCACAUUCUGUCGACUUGUGGACUUAUUUAGAUGUGCCACGUUCAAGGAUCGUCAAAUAUCCAUUAUUGGUGAAGGAGAUUUUAAAACAUACUCUUAAUAGUGAUGCAGAUUAUUUAUUGCUGAAAGAAGCAAGUAGUGUCCUUUCCGAUUUGCUAAAAGAUAUUGAUUGGAUCAUGGGUGAUGCUGAAUGCAAGGUCGCACAAUCGAAAAUAAAUGCAAAAAUCGAGUAUGAUCCUGACAAGUGCAUCGUCAAUGCCAUAGAGUUAAUCAUUGAAGGUCAGCUUAAAGACACACGUGGAAUAAAAUAUUACUGCUUUCUUUUCGACACAUGUUUCGCAAUAACUCGUUCUACACGGCGUGCUAUCAAAAAAUACAAUCUGUUCUUUCCCGUCAUACCUAAAGAACAAAUAUAUGUACAAACAGACGAUAAAAAUAAUGCGGAAAUUGGUUUUAAAGUCCGAGAACAUUCUUUCAUGAUGGAAGAUGAACAUAAAAAACGGCAUUGGAUUGAUGCGUUCAACAAAUUGUACUCUAGAAUGAGUAUUCCGGAUAAAGUGUUUAACACUGACGAGAAAGAGAACUUGUUGAAUAACACAGAAUUAUCAGAGUCGAAUAAUCGCGUUACACGGACAUCAAUGUCUAGGAGAACUUCCACAAGCAGUAUAAACGAUAAUCAUUUUUCCUUUUCUAUAAGGAAAAGUUUGCUCAAACAAAAGCGCAACAGUAUCGGCUAUAUAUAAUAAAAGCUCAUUUGCGAAUUUUUGUAUUUUUGAUAAGAAGCACAUUCGUUAAUAUAUUAUACAAAAAUGAUGAAAUAUUUCUAAUUAGUACAAAAAAGUUAGGGCAACAAAAAUUAUUCUUAUUAAUGUUGUAAUUUUACUUUACAAAAUCCUUAGCACUUUAAGUUUAAAGGAAUUUUUAGUAAUUACUAAAAAUUUUUGAAACAUUAUGGCAGCACAUUCCGUAAUAUGUACAAUAAAUGUGAUGAUAUAAAUUUAGAGAGAUUUGAUUUAUAAUUUUUGUACUUACAUAUAAAACAGUUAAUAUAUUACAUUCAUAAUCCGAGUUCAUCUUGUGCUAAAAAUGAAUUAAUUUAUAUAUAUAUCACAGAAAUUGAUCCUAAUUUUCAAGGAAUUUAAUCUACAUUGAUAUUUUUUUCCACUUGAAUAAUAAGUUUCAUUAAAGAAGAGUAGCUUACACACAUAUACGUAAGACAUACAUGCUAAAUAAAGCAUAGCUUAAAUAUAAUGUACAAUAAUAUAUACAUAUACACACACAAAUGUUAUCAACUUUAAAAUAUAAGAUAUAAAUCGGUUUUCCUAUAUUUAUAAUUAUGCGUUUAUUUUAUAUUAGCAUAUAUUUAAAUGGUAAAUGGAAUUUAUAUAUAUAUUUUGCAAUAAAUUCUAACAAAAUGU